AUUUAAUAUUUUAUUUUGUUAUUCCCAGAUAAAUAGGAUCUGUAGCCAGAAAAGCCAUGAUUCUAUUUGGUAUUCAGAAAUUGUUACAUGCGAUUUGUCUUUCACCUUGAUAGUUUCCCAGAUGUCUUCCAUAUCAAGUCUCUUUAUUUCGACCUCAAGUUCCAUGCUGUGUUCUACAUGGCACCUAGUACACAGCUGCUGCCUGGCACAGGUUCAGCAGAUCAAAUCCGGGUUGAGGACAGGAGGAUGGAGAGAAGACCAGCAGAGUUUCCUAAAGCAGCCGAAACAUGGGAUGGAAGAUUGGAUGGUAGUGGGAGGGCUAGUAAAGGUGGCGGUGACGAGGAAAGUGCAGGCAAAGAGAACAGCCGAUUUAUUAAAGCCACUAUGUCGAGAACAGUAACGGAACAGGAGAAAGGUGGUGGUCACACAAAUGCUCCUCAUCAAGGGGAGAUGAUGUUUACCUACCCUGUUGGAAAUGAUGAGAGAUAUCUUGUCAGACCACUAAGAGAAAGUUACUCCGCAGGUGACACAUCACAAGUUAAGGCUGUUACUGGUGCCCGCACUGGUGCACAAGGACGCAGAGUGAGCUGGUGUGAUGAUGUGGAGGAGAUGGAUGGACCAUCUUGCAAACCAGUCAGUAGUAUGCGCUCUGACAUGUCCAACGUCAGCAAUCUCAGCAAUUCUGAACUCUGCCAAUGGUCAAAAGAAGGCAAGCCUCCUGUCAAACCCGCAGGCAGAGAGAUUACUGGCAAUCCCAAUCCAAGAGGCGUGGAUGAUGAAUAUGGUCCCAAAUGUGGUCCUGGACCCAAGUUUUGCUGGUCCGACAGCCUUGGCCCAAAGUUUUGCUGGCCCGAUGGCUCCCCUGUGGGUUCUUACAGUUCUUUGGGCCCAAGACCCAGCGAGACAGGAAAGGGUGCUAGCGAUUUGCUAAGAGCAAGAGGUGGUCUUGGACGGCAAGGCGGUGGCUCUUUCAACUCCAGCUUCAAUGCCCAGACUGACACCUUUAGGCACAACACCCAAAAUGAACCUGCCAGCUCAAGCUAUAACUCCCGAAAUGACUCUUGUAACUCAAGCUACCUUGCCCAUAUCGGCUUUCCAAAUGCCAUGAAAGGCGGGAGAAUAGCUGGUGCUGGGCGAGGCAGUACGGGGGGACGGGGCCGUGGUGCAGGCAGUGGAGGAAAGGAAGGAGUGCGUGCCCUGUCCUCUGUGCGUAGAGAUGACCUCCUGGGUUCUCAAGACUCAGGGCUGGCAAGACGACCUACGCCCAUGAUGGCAGACACGAGCAGCAAUGCUGUGGCAGGUGCAGCCGAUGCAGAGCUCUGGUGGGCAGAGCAGCUCCGUUUGUCGGAGAAUAAGAGGGAGCAACUCAUACGCACUGUUGAGCACCAGGUAAUCCUCUUUACUGAGGUUGCUAUUUGAAUAAUGACCAACCUGUCCAAUUACCCAGAACAGCGAUUGAGACAAAAUAUUCACAGCUUAGGUGCUGCUCAUCUGCUGCUCAGUUCUUUUUUUUCCAUUCAUGGCCCUUUAAACAUUUGCAAGAGCUCACAUGUUUCCAUCUGCUAUUUUGAGAGUUAUCGAACAUGACGUCAAUUGAGUAGCAGCUUAGCAAGGUGGAAUUAUGAGAAAGGAAUAUGAGAAAAGCAUCACGCUUGAGCAAAAAUAAAAAGCCUGCAAAGCU